UUGCCCUUAAAAGUCUUUUCCUAACCUUUCUCUGUUACUUUCUCUCUCUAAUUUUUAGAAGUGACCUAUAUAAAGAACCAAUAGUCUUCCAUAAAGAUAUUAACAUUAGUUCAUUACUUAUCUUAUGAUCUCUCUCUCCCCCCCUAUUUCUCUCUUCCCAUUUAUAUUUUUUCUCAGUUCUUACUUUGGUUUUGAAGCCUGAAAAAUGUCUGGUCAUACUUCAGCAUGGCACUUGGCUUUCACAAAGCUGCGUUUCUUUACUCGAAUCAGACGGUUCCUACAGCUUAAGAGUCCCAUUAAGCGGCAUGAGCCGUCUGAUCUUUCCAUUGACAAAGCUAAAGUGGCAGAUGCAAGUGAUCAAGAAGAAAACAAAGAAGAGGAGAUGGCGGUCUUGCAAAGGUCAGUAAAGAGACUUCACUUUGGGAGUUGUGAAGAGAAGGAAAUGGCUGCUAGAGAUAUUACAAGACUUGCCGCAGAAGGUUUGAACUGGCGAAAAUUUAUGGCAGAGCUAGGUGUUAUUCCACCCCUAGUAGCCAUGGCUGGUUCAGAAGUGGUGGCACGACGGAGAUUGGCAGUUCAAGCGCUUAUUGAGCUUUCUAAUGGCACUUACACGAACAAAGCUCUAAUACUGGAUGCUGGAAUCUUAUCAAAACUACCCGAAAACACUGGUGUUUUCGAAGAAGAAACAAUGCAUGAUUUUGCAAAGCUGAUAUUUUCCUUAUCAUCCGUGACCAACAGCCAGUUCCCCAUAAACACAUCAAUCAUCGUUCCAUUCGUGAUCUCUAUUCUUGAAGCAACUUCAAAUCUUGACACAAAAGAAUCAUGCUUAGGUACAUUGUACAGUCUUUCUAACAUGCUAGACAAUGCAAACACUUUGGCUUCCAGUGAAGUACUCAACAUUCUCUUGGGGUUCUCUUCUAUUAAACAAACAUCCGAAAAAGCUCUUGCAACCUUGGGCAAUUUGGUAGUGACCUCAAUGGGGAAACAAACACUUGAAAGUAAUCCGGUGGUGGCAAAGACCUUGAUAGAGAUCAUGACAUGGGAUGAUAAACCAAGAAGCCAAGAGCUAUCAGCUUAUGUUUUGAUGAUUUUAGCACAUCAAAGCUCAGUACAAAGAUUAAAAAUGGCAAAUGCUGGAAUUGUUCCUGUUCUUCUUCAAGUGUCUUUAUUAGGUAGUCCCUUAGCUCAGAAACGAGCAAUGAGGUUGCUACAAUGGUUUAAAGAAGAACGACAGACGAGAAUGAGGCCUCAUUCAGGUCCUCAGACACAAAAAUUCUCAGCUGGCUCCCCUGUAAAUCAAAGAGAUGUGAUUGAAGGAAAGAAAAUAAUGAAGAACAUGGUGAGACAGAGUUUAUACAAAAAUAUGGAAUCAAUGGCUCGUCGUGCUAACGGUGAUGAAGGGUCUUCUAAGCUCAAGUACCUGGUCAUCAGUUCAAGUUCAAAGAGCCUGCCUUAUUAGAUAUGUUCCCACACAACCUUUUUGAUAUCAUUUUUUAGAUUUAUGAUCUUAAGCAGCUGUCCAGUUUCCUUUGUUCAAUCUCCGACUCUGUAAAUCAUUAAAAAUAAGAAUUGGUUUUCUGUUA